AUGCCCGGAUUGACAAGGCCUCAUAUACAACAGCUUAGCUCGCCUAUUUCCAAGAAGCAACGUGUAUCUGCCAAGGAAUCCUCCAUCUUCCCAUACCCCGCCGUCCCAAGCGAGUGCAUCGACCAUCAUGAAGAUCUUAUGCCGGAUUCAAUCCAAAUAUUUCGGGAAAUGAUUGAGAUACCAAAAACAAACUCAUCUAAGUGGGGGGAUAAGGAAGCCGCAGCCGCGCGUGCCCUUCUCGAACCGAACGUGACCAAUGCGAAUCAGCAGUUAAUUCGAACCCACCACCCUUUCCUCAGCUACCUCCAUCUUGUCUGGAUGGUACAAGAGUCAAACGACAAGUGGAUAUGGGUGAUAGCGCCAGAUUCGGUUCCCAAAAUAGCCAUAGGUACUCAUGCAGGGGGGCUGGAGAUUCAUGUUCAACCAUGGGGACAUAUGGAGCGGACAAUCGUUAUAUGGCCCAAACUCCAGCCAGACCCUCUUAAUGCUAUCUUAAACCCCCGCAAAUUCCUUUCUCAAGAUGAUCUACACCUAUUACAGGAGAUGUUUCCGUGUGCGCUCGGCGUUAGGGUGUUUAUAAGUGGCUUCAUUGUGAUUCUCUUCAAGAGCCGCUCUGAUAUCAAAGAUUCCUGGCUACAUGAUGGAUUUGCAGAUAGUUUCGGUUGCUUACGCCUACGGUACGAUAUCCUUCAGGAUGAACCGAUUCGGACUGUUAUUCCUCGAGGUGCGGCAAUUACUACCAGAUCCGACUGUAUCGAUGGAUACGCGGCGUUAGGUUUGAAGCUUCGUUUCCCAACUGGGCAAGAGGCGAUUACGGUCCCCACGCACGCAUUUGUCACUCUCCGAGCUAUGCUUCCAAUGCCUCUACUUCGUAUGAGUGAUUGGUAUCAGAAGAUCAAGAGGAAAAUGGCUCGGUAUCUCCCUAUCAGAAGGAACUCAUCCGUACCAGCUGUUGGGACGGCUCGGCACCGAACAGUGGGUACUUCCCCCUUAGGGAAAAACGUAUUCCUUGUCGGGGAAUCGCAACAGAUCGGUACAAUCUCAUUCACGUACGACCCAGUCAGCCUAAGGCCUCUUCGAUUUCCAAUGGGCUUUAACCACGAUCUAUCAUUGAUCACCAACGACCGAGGGCUUCCACAAAUGGCAACACCUAACCACACACCACAGGUGUCCGGCUGGGGUGCCUAUAAGGAUGUCUCAGAUGGCAAUCCUGUCUUUGUGACGGGUUUCAACGUUUCAACAGGGAACGAAAUCCGCAGGAUAGGAACGGGAAUAUCAAAACGUGCCCAACAAGCUAUUGUCGAGGGAUCUCAAUAUCUCUGGGACAAAGAAUUGCUAUCACAAAGUGUCUCUAUCCUAUGGAGGACGCAGAAUGACCAAGACUCCCUACAAGGCCUCUCCGGUACAUCUUUAUGCCUCGGUCUGAUUUCAGAUAAGACAUGCCUUGCAGUUUGUUUCCAGAACUUUGAGUCGCCAUUACCCUCCCAAGCUUCCCUCAACGAAGAUCAUCGGAGUACACCGACCCACGAAUAUACUGGGAUUCGUAUCAAAGGUGGGUUUCUUUUACCACCAGAGGUGAGAGAAUGCCAAAUUCUCUGUGAUGCGCCAGAAACACCUGCUGGCUCUGCCACGUACCCUAGUAGAGAGAGAGCUACUGCGGGCUUAAGAAGGUCAUUUUCUUCCCAUCGUUAA